AUAUGAAUAUAGGUUUCAAUUUAUCGCAUCUCUACGCCAAGAAAUUCGUUGUUCAUGCUUAAAGCAGGAUGUACUAUAGAAGUUGCGCUGGUGAAUGUCGUAGGACACACUCGCUGAUGUUACAUAUGUGAGAAAGCUGUAUGAGAGUCACAGAGACAGUUGAUACGAAAGACAAAGAGCAAAGACUAUUAUUCUCCCCAUUACACCCAUUUCCGAUCGGAGUAGUAUAUAGGAGGCGCCACCGCGACGACGAUGAUGUCCCACGACGACGGCAUCGACGACAUGCCGGACCUGCUCGCCGACGACGAAGACAUCGAGGAGACGAAGCCGUGCAUCCUGAAGGAGCGCACGGACACGGUCGACCUGACGACGGACACCUCGCUCGUCGUCGACAUCUCGGACGCGCUCAGCGAACGCGACAAGGUCAAGUUCACGGUGCACACGAAGACGACGCUGCCCGACUUUGCACAGCAGGAGUUCUCCGUCGUGCGGCAGCACGAGGAGUUUAUCUGGUUGCACGACCGCUACGUCGAGAGCGAGGAGUUCGGCGGCUACAUCAUCCCGCCGGCACCGCCGCGGCCCGACUUUGACGCGUCGCGCGACAAGCUGCAGAAGCUCGGCGAGGGCGAGGGCACGAUGACGAAGGAGGAGUUCAACAAGAUGAAACAGGAGCUGGAGGCGGAGUACCUCGCGACGUUCAAGAAGACGGUGGCGAUGCACGAGGCGUUCCUGCAGCGCGUCGCCGCGCACCCGGUGCUGCGCAGCGACCACAACUUCCGCGUCUUUCUCGAGUACGACCAGGACCUGAGCGUGCGCGCAAAGAACAAGAAGGAGAAGUUCGGCGGCUUCCUGCGUAACAUCACCAAGUCGGCGGACGAGGUGAUGCUGCACAGCCAGCGCGACGUCGACGAGUUCUUCGAGCGCGAGAAGUCGUUCCUCGAGGAGUACCACGCGCGCAUCAAGGACGGCACGGCGCGCGCCGACCGCAUGACGCGCUGCCACAAGAACGUCGCCGACACCUACAUCAAGAUCUCGGGCGCGCUCGUGCAGCUGGCGACGGUCGAGAGCACCGAGCUCGCGCGCUUCCUCAACCAGCUCGCCGACGCCUUCGAGAAGGCGCGCAAGAUCGAGGGCCGCGUCGCGUCUGACGAGGACCUCAAGGUCUCCGACACGCUGCGCUACUACAUGCGUGACUCGUCGGCCGGCAAGGACCUGCUGUACCGGCGGCUCAAGUGCCUCGCCAACUACGAGAAUGCGAACAAGAUGCUGGAGAAGGCGCGCCUGAAACACAAGGACAUCCAGCAGGCGGAGCAGGCGCAGCAGCAGGCGCGCGACAGCUUCGACCAUAUCUCCGAGAUCGCAAAGUCGGAGCUCGGAGACUUCAAGACGCGACGGGUGCAGACGUUCCGCAAGAAUCUGAUCGAUGGCGCGGAGCUGGAGCUGAAACAUGCGAAGGCGCACCUGCAGUUGCUAAAGAACACGAUCGGUAUGUUGAAAGAACAAUAGGGCGCAGAGUGUCGACAAGCCGGUUCGGUGGUCUACAACGGCGGAGAUUGCGUUCGGUUUGUUCUGAGGAGCCGUGAUACGCUGUGGCGUCUUCGCCGUUGUAGACUAUUGCUUGGCUAUGAAGAUUACAUGUUUGUUAUUAAUUAUUAACCCCAUCAAUGCGGUGAAAGGUCCAGCGAUGGAUCGAGGAAAUGGAUUUACUUUUCUUUAAAAUUGUUUGGAUUUGUUCCGGUAGGAAGUGAACAUCAGCGUAUGAAUAAUUUUUACGUGUAGGUUAACCUGGCUGAUUGAGCGUAACAGCAGAGCUCGUACUCUUAGGACCCGUGUAAUGGUCAUAGUUCACGUGAAAUUGCAUCGAUCUAUGGUGAGGCUCUUUCAUACGCGGCGUAUUUACCAUUAUGUAUCGAAUAACGUUGCAAUUAUUAACCUAAAAUCGAUGAAUAAACUGCAUGCAUCACACUCGUAUGCACAUCAUAUAGAUACUUCUAAACACCACAGAUUGGGUUUUAGAAUUACGUAGGUUUUUCGAGAUUGUGAAUUGAUUGAUCGUGAACGAUGGAUGUGAUUGGAGCAGGGACUCAACAUGUGACGUCAGCUAAGAAGUCUAUUGGUUGCAUUCCAGCCAAGCUAGGCGUGAAUCGGCAUCUUAAAUGUGAAUAUGUAUAAACUUUAUAACUGUAAUUGUAAGUGUAACUUUUCAACACUGAAAUGCCAUCCUACUUGAAAUUAAAUUGAAAGUGAUUGACUCUCUUCAGGCAAAGUGUAGCAUGGAUACUUUACGUGUACUGGACGUUCUUAUUGGAAUCGGGUCGAAAAAGGUUUACAACAAUAUGAUACGAUGAUUAGGCAUGAUGCUGGCUCGAUUUUGAAUGUGAUGCAUGUACAUGUACAAGUAGUGGCUUCUUUCUAAGACAUAUAAAAGUCAUUUCAUAAGAACAUGCAUAUUUUUAUCCAGUCUGUCAUAUUUUUGAACUGCUGAGUUUAUAGGUCAACACUAUUGUCGUUGUAUUUGUUUACAUGAUCGUGUGUACGUGUGUGUGUGGACAUGUAAUUGCAGUUUUCCAUGUUUACCAUCAAGCAAGUGGUUACUAUCUAUAUAAUAAUUUGAGUAGUGU